AUUAUGACGAGUACGAGUGUAACACUGCACUUUUAUCACGUUCAGCAUUGAGCGCAACAUCAUACAUGAGUGAGCGGGGGCCGCAAAAUGCUGUGCUCUAUGGUCUUGUAAAGUGAUCUGUCAUUUGUGUAGGAUAGUGCAAUGUGUUCGAGCGUGCGUUGGUACUUUAAUAGCGGGAAAUGGAACCCCAACCGUUCUGACCUAUUGCUGGCGUCAUCAUGCAUUCAAUCUGAAGAAAAAGAGAGGUUAGGUCGAUUUUAUUUCCAGAAGGACUUUAAGCCUUCCUUGAUUGGAAGGCUCAUGAUGCGGAAAUAUGUUUCAGAGUCGUGCCAAAACGACUAUCGUUCAGUUUUGUUUAAUAGAGAUGACAAAGGCAAACCUUUUUUAGCCAAUUUUUCCACUCCGGUAGCUUUCAAUGUUUCACAUCAUGGAAAUUAUGUAGUCUUUGUAGGAGAGUUAGAUAAUUCAUUGGUGGGAGUGGAUGUGAUGAAACUAGAAUAUUCAGGUGGCAAAACUCUGCCCGAGUUCUUUAGAAUUAUGAAGCGGAACUUCUCUGACAUGGAAUGGUCAACCAUAUACAGCUGUGCAGGGGACAAAGACAAAAUAGAGAUGUUUUGUCGUUUGUGGUGCUUAAAAGAGAGCUAUGUCAAAGCCAUAGGCGUCGGAAUUACCCUUAAAUUGAACGAUUUGAGUUUCAAUAUUGCCACCAAACAAUUAACUAAAGAUUGUUUAGUGAAGGACACAAAGUUAUAUAUCAAAGGUGAAAGGCAAAGUGAGUGGUAUUUCGAAGAGACCCUUAUAGAUGACGAACACUGCGUAGCUAUUGGGUCCAACAAAAAAAUCUCGGGGCCUGCUUUCCAAGAAAUUUCUUUUGGAGAGCUUGUUCGCAAUGCUGUGCCUCUGCUACCGGAAGAUUCGUUAUUUUGUGACUCUGUAUUGGCAAAGCCGGAAAGGCCUUGAGUGUGGGCCAGUUUGGGGAUGGAAACUCGCGGUACAUGUGUUUAAUCAAGGAAUUAUUGAUUUGUUAUUUAGUCCGCACCAGUUUGAGCCUGCCACCACAUUUUAUAUUGCAUGAUUUGUCUCUGGCAUGACGUAGUAUCGAUCUAACCUAAUUGCGGUAUUUUGAUGUAUUUGUUAACAUGCCCGAGCUUUUUUUUUUGUUAUUUGUAUAAUGAAUAUUUUUUUUAAUAAAAAAAAUUUAUGAAAUGCCUAUUUCCUAUCUGAUCCAAGAAUUCCAAUUUUGAGUAUCUUAUAGUUUUAAAUUGCGGGGAUUUUUAAAGGCAGGUAAAAAAAUGGGAUCAUAAAUAAUUUCACCAAAAUCUGGGCUAGGAAUAAUGUUGGUAAUAUUAAGUCUCCUGGUACUUGUAACCGGGUUAAGCAAAAAAGGCAAUGUAAUCAUAUAAAUAAUUGGGAUACAUUUUU